CACAUCGUUCUUUCCACAUUUGUUUUUCGUGGCGUCAGGUUGUGUUCAUCAUGACGUCCAAAGUCUCUCGUGACACUUUCUAUGAGUGCGUCCAAGGGGUCUUGGAUCAAUCCAAAGCCAAGAAAAGGAACUUUUUGGAAACCGUUGAAAUCCAAAUCGGUUUGAAAAACUACGACCCCCAGAAGGACAAACGUUUCAGCGGCACCGUCAAACUAAAGCACAUUCCAAGGCCAAAAAUGCAAGUAUGUGUCCUUGGUGACCAACAGCAUUGCGACGAAGCCAAAGCCCAAGGCGUUCCUUUCAUGGAUGUUGAAGCUUUGAAAAAAUUGAACAAAAACAAGAAGCUUGUCAAAAAGUUGGCCAAAAAAUACGACGCCUUCUUGGCUUCCGAGGCUUUGAUCAAACAGAUCCCUAGGUUGCUGGGACCCGGUCUUAACAAAGCUGGCAAGUUCCCUGGUCUUUUGUCCCAUCAGGAGUCCAUGACCCAGAAGAUCGAUGAAGUCAAGGCCACCAUCAAGUUCCAAAUGAAAAAGGUAUUGUGCUUGUCUGUCGCCGUAGGACACGUUGACAUGAGUGUAGAUGAGCUUGUACAAAACGUACAUUUGUCAAUCAAUUUCUUGGUUUCUCUGUUAAAGAAACAUUGGCAAAACGUGAGAUCCCUCCACGUCAAAUCUUCCAUGGGACCCCCACAAAGAUUGUAUUAAGUUACAUUACAUUUUUAUAAGUUAACUUACGCGCAUUUUAUGUGUGUAUUUAUAAGAAUAAAAAAUUGUCUGACUCCCAA